AUCGGCUUCGCCAUGGCAGCAGCGGGGAAGAAAACAUCGGACUCGCAACUGGAGCCCGCUGACUACCCCCAGGACACCACAGAUGCUGUGAAGUGCCGGUAUGUGUUCGGCCUCCUGGGGUUCCUGGGAAUGGCCAUCCUCUACUCCCUCCGUGUCAACCUCUCCGUCGCCAUUGUCACAAUGGUGAACUCUACAGGAUCUGAUUCGACUGAUGUCAUGGACAGCGAUGGCACGUGCGAGGCUCCUGACAGUGAUGGUUCCUCUUCAAGCUCACAGAGCGGCGAGUUCGAGUGGAACGAGGAGAUGCAGGGCUUCGUGCUGUCGGGCUUCUUCUGGGGCUACGCGGCGGGCCAGCUGCCGGGCGGGCUGCUGGCCGAGCGCUACGGAGGCAAGCUGGUGUUCGGGCUGGGCGUGUUCCUGACGGCGCUGCUCACGCUGCUGACGGCCGUGGCGGCGCACGCGCACUGGUCCGUGCUGUUCGCCGUGCGCGUGCUGGAGGGGCUGGCCGAGUCCUGGCUGAACGGGUGGCCGCUGGUGUUCUACGUGACGGGGGCGUUGGGCGUGAUCUGGUACUUGCCCUGGCUGCUCUGCGUCUUCGACUCUCCGGCCAAGCACCCGCGCAUCACCCCGGAGGAGCGGCGUUACAUCGAAACGUCGCUCGGCAGCGUGCCUCAGAAGAGGAAGCUGCCUGUUCCGUGGAAGAAGAUCCUUACCACUCGGGGUCUUUGGGCAUGUGCAUCCAUGCACCUGGGCAUCGGCUGGACCUUCUUCGCUUUGCUCACCUGUCUCCCAACUUACAUGAGCUAUAUUCUGCAUUACGACAUCAAAAGUAACGCUGCUCUCUCUGCCAUCCCAUACAUCGCAGGAGGUUCUUUCAGCUUUGUGUUCAGUUGGUGUCUCGACCAUAUUAUCACGACUGGCAAGGUGUCCAAGAUCAACGGAUACAGGAUAUUUAACGGCAUUACUGCUAUUGGCCCUGCCGCGACACUGUUGAUCAUCACGGCUGUCGGCUGCGAUAAGGUCGCCAUCUUGGUGCUGCUGGCCAUCAACGGCCUGUGUCUUGGGGCGCAAUACACUGGAAACUCCAUGAAUCUUCUCACUCUCGCGCCCAACUUCGCCGGCACGAUGCUCGGCAUCUCCAACACUUUCGCCAAUGGCGCUGGCAUCCUCGCUCCCUACGCCGUGGGCUUCCUCACCAACGACAACCAAACACGGACUGCAUGGAAUAUUGUGUUCUGGAUCUCUGCAGCUAUCGGAUUGGUUACUUACUUCAUAUACUUGAUUUUCUCCACCGCAGAUGAACAGCCAUGGAACAAUCCUCCUGAUGUUUCUGGAGAAAGUGGCAAACACAAAAGCUUACAAGGAGUUGAUAAUAAAGCUUAUGAAUAAUCAAAAUGUGCAGAUACGAGGAAGUGAAGAAAUAUUGUAAAUAAUGGCAUUACAGCGUAAAUAUUUCUUGCCUGUAGACACGUGUGUUUCUAUUUAUUUAAUGGCAUCAUGUGAUUUUAUACUUGUGUUUUUCUCGUCUGAAAACUUAAGUGAUAUUUUUUACUUACGUACAAAGAAUUCUUGAUACUGUAACUUUAAGUAGGUUUUUAUAAAAUAGCAAAGAAAUGUUGAUGUAAAUAUGUACAGUUGUUUAAUUUAAUAUAAACUUCAAUAAAUAAAAUACAUUUUAC